AUGUGCCAAGUGGGCCACCUCGAUCCCAGCAGCCACCAAAGGGUCCUGAUGAAAACUGGCCUCAUCCUCCUCAUUAUUGGGCACCUCAACUUCAUUACUGGUGCCCUGGUCCAUGGCAUUGUCCUCCGCUUCGUGGUCAACCCCCAGGAUGCCACCUCCCUGCUGUAUGCCGUCGCCAACACCGCCUCUGUCAUCUCUGCACUGCUGACCAUCUCCUGUGGCAUAGCUGUUCUCAUGCUGUCUCGCUACCUCGCCCCCACUGCCCUGAAGUGGUUGGUUUUCACCCUGAGCACCAGCAGCUGCCUGGGCUGCCUGUCCUGCCUGCUGGGCAUGGCCAUCUCCAUCGGGCUGACGCUGGGCAGCCAGGGCCGGGCACUGCUGGCCCCCUGCUCCCUCACCAACGCCGCCCUCACCCCGGUCUCCCGCGAGUGCCCCUUCGAUCCCACCCGAGUCUAUAGCUCCACGCUGUCCCUCUGGGCUGUCUCCCUCCUGCUUGACUCCGUGGAGAUCAUCUUCAGCAUCCGCUGCCUCCUGCUCACCAGCGACCUCCUCCAGCUUGGCUGCUGCUGCCGCGGGGCACACCGCAGGAAGGUCUCCUUGCAGGCAGCCCCUGCGGACAGUCCUGACCUCGGGCAGUGCCUGGGCUUGCUGAGGCUGAACAGUGUGGAAAGUGCCCAGCUCUGA